GAAGAAGUACAAGGGCGGGAUAGUCAAUUUUCAGAUGGGAAAAGGCGCCCUUUCUUUGAUUUGAUGAUCUGCCUGACAAGCUGCCAAAGUAAGAUAUUUGGGGACAGCUGGCUCACAAUCCUGAAUCAGAACAGUCUUAUUUGGUUCUGAGUUGCAGCAGUCAAUAUUUUAGUUACGCACUAGACACUUUGAACUUCAAAAAUAUCCAGAGUGUUUAAGCUACUGUGGCCUUCCCUGCAUAUCAAGGGAAACCAACUCUGGCAUCAGGUAAUGAGGGUGAGGUCAGUGAAGUUUCGGGGGGGCCGAGUCCCACACGGUCCAGCUGUCAUUGCUAGCAGCUUAGAAGCAGAAGUGUUGCCACCGAGAACCACACUGCGGGACGAGCCAGAUUCAAACGAAUCAACGCAGGAUGUUGGAGGUGCGGGGGCACAAGAGGCUUUGGUUUUAGCAGACAUUGGACAGGGGCAGCAAGAAAAUGAUCGACCUAGCAAGAAACGGGGAAGAGGGCCAGCUAAGGGCACGUUAUUUGACCGACUUAGGAAGGUCGGUAAGAUCCCUCUGGUUAUACAAGAAGGUCAUCGAGGGCCAUCAUGUGAGAAUGCAUCAAUAUUCACGGGCCGAUUGACAUGGAUUAUUAAGGUACAUGCCGACAUGAGGCAUGCUAGUUGGAGUUUAGUACCUGAAGACGAAAAGCAAGAGCUCAUUGACCGUGUUAGGGCAGAUUUUGUUCUCGAUUGGUCGAGAGACAACCAUCGUGAGAUGGUUGUGUCACAUUUAGGCGAUAAGUAUAAUGCAUAUCAUUAUACACUACACAAGAGGUAUUUGAAAUAUGCAUCACACGAAGAGGCCGUACGGGGUGGGACGGACAUGGUCUCCAGACCGGUAUGGGAAAAGCUAUGUGAACGGUGGGCAAGUCCAACAUUCAAGGAGAAGUCCAAAACAAACAGUUCAAAUAGGAAAAAACUCAAAGUCAAACAUACCGGUGGGCGUAAAUCCUUUAUAAGGAUAUUAGAGGAGAAGAGGGCAUUGGCGCUGGAUAUGAUAGCAUUUUAUAAAGAAACACAUUGGUCAACACGAAAAGGUCAAUUCAUCAAUGCAGAUACUGAACACAAAUAUAAUUUAAUGGUCGAGAGGUUAGCUGAGAAAGAUAGUGAGGAGGAUGUAGUCGAAGCAGCUGAGAGCAUCUUCAAAGAAGUGUUGGGACAAAGAUCUGGUUAUGCUCAAGGGAUGGGGCAUAUGGUGAUUCCGGACCCCUCUCCUGCAAUGAAGAAUAGUCGAGCAUUUAUUCGUCUAGCGGAGGAGAAUCAACGCCACAAGAGUGAGGCUGAAAUGUACAAGAGCAAGCUAGAUCAAAUGAUGGGUGAUAUUGCUGCAUUGAGGCAGAAUUUUUCUGAGCAUGAGAAACUGUUAAUGAGCUAUCGCCAAAGUGAGUUAGAGAGAGGAAGUGAGUCUCAUAGAGAGACUCAUGAAGAUGCUUAGGCAUUUCAGUCUAGGAUAUUUUUUGUGAAGGGUAGGUGGUGGGGGUUUUUUGUGGAUUGUUACAAUUAUGGCUUGCUCAAUCCAAUGCCCAUGGACUUAUGUUUAUAAGUAGUACUAAUUUUGGUAGUUGUUUUGUAUAGUUAGGGUGGAUAUGUAUAAGACAGUUGUGGGAAGUUCAGUAAUGUAGUUUAGGAUCUGCAUCUUUUUGUAUUCAGUAUUGACUUUUUGGGGGUGCAGUAAUAUCACUUUUGGAAUUGACUACCUUCACAUUCACAAGAUUAGGUCCAUGUGGAAAGGGGAAACUUUUAACAGGUUGGGGAAAAGCUCAGCUGAAGCAUAUGGAUCAUGGAAUGUAGAGCAGGAGUGGGUGGAGAUCUCAGAGCAGUUUCAGAUGCUUAGAGAAUGAUCAAGGCUGGCAGCAAAUUCAAACUCAGAGCAAUUUGGCACCAUGCUAUGUGGAUGGAUAUUGGUAAAUCUGAAUGUCUGGAGAAUGGAAAAAUUAUAGGCUCCAGUUCUACAUUAAUGCUCAUACGAAUCGGUCUUCUUUUCCUGCUCUGCACUAAUCCCAUUGGAGGUACUUGGAUAACAUGCUGCCAAAUGUGUUAGUUAGGUUCAUGGCCUUCAAGUAAACACCCUUAUGGAUAUUCUGUAGGAGAUUUUCUAUAUCAUAGGUGCAAGAACAAUGUUGGCAGAUUUGUACUAGUUGUUGGUGGUUGUGUAUGUAACUGAGUUGACAGAUUAUAAACACACAGAAUAUACAAUCUGUUGUUGAUAUUUUGACUGGGUAGCCCUUCCUUUUUUCU